AUGAAAAUUGCUGUGGCAUUUCUGGUGGUGCUGGUCAUCCUUGGGGCACAAUCUCACGGAUAUGAGGUUUAUAACAUCAUCAACCCACUCAACAAUGGUGGCAGUGUUCAGGAGACAAUGACAAUUGACAAUGAAAAAAAUGCCGCCAUCAUCAACAUCCACGCAGGGUCCUGCUCCUCCACCACAAUUUUUGACUACAAACAUGGCUACAUCGCUACCAGGUUGCUCUCCAGAAGGGCCUGCUUCAUCCUGAAAAUGAACCAUGAAAAUAUUCCUGCUCUGGACAAACUCCAACGGUACAUCUAUGAGAGCCAGACUCUGAACACCAUGUUCUCCAACAAAUACACCUGGGUCAAGUACAAUCCUCUGGAGUCCCUGAUCACAGACGUGGACUGGUUCCUGUUUGGGUCACCUAUUGAGAAUCUCUGCAAACACGUCCCCUUGUACAAGGGGGAAGUGGUUGAAAAGAUAGAUGAUGUUGGCGCUGAAGGCUGUGCAAAGGCUGGGCUCCUGGGCAUCUUGGGAAUUUCCAUCUGUAGAGAUAAUCACUUUUAAGCAUCAGCCCACUGGUUUUGUGUUUUUAAGAGAUACACUCUUGGUUUCCACUCAGCAGCUAAAUUAAAUGCUCCAACUUAGAGAUUCAAUACUAAAACAUAAACACUGUAUUUACAGAUAUCUGGGUGUUUGCUUUUUUUGUAAACAGUGAAGGCAAGCCAAACAAUGUUUAUGUUCUUUUUAUAUACCAUUAUCAAACAGCUUGACUGCUCAGGUAAAGGAAACUAUCCCUUUGACAAAGCAUCUAGCUUUGAGGGCCAUUCACAAGGGCUAGUACAAAACCAGGAAAUGCAUUUUAGCUAACCAAAGAAACAGACUCAACCUUAAUAAACACCAUCACGGAUAUUUGUUUUUCUCGGUAAUAGGUGAGGCAGGAGGGAAGAACACCAAUCACCCAG